AGAGCAGGAGCAGCUUCUCUCCCAUUGGCUGCUGGGGACACGUCAGCAGUCAAUAAGUGAAACUCAGAUAUGUUACAGUCUUCCUCCUCUUCCGUGUGCGUGCGAUUUGACACUUUACACCUACUUUGGUGGCCAAGGGAAACAGCUGGAGUGAUUUUGGGCCACUUUUCGGGACGGUACUCGGCGCUGCCCGUGGAGGCAGCCUUCGCCAAAGCGCCCUGACACUUGGGUCACGCGCAGUUGUAUUGUUCAGUAGUUUUACGCACGAGCGGCGAUGUUGGGGACAAGCCACGAGCGAGGGCUGGAGCGUUAGAGGGGACCAGAGACUGGACCGUCGUGUGAAGGUUGCUUUACCCGGAGAAGAUGAGGUUCCGAUUGCUCAAGAAGAACCUCCUCGCGCUGCUGGGAGUUUCGUUUGUAAUCGUCACACUCGUAUUGAUGGUUCCUGAAAAUGACACUACGGAGCCCAACAGCGUGACACAGAGCCAGACCUUUGGAUCUGGUGACCCGGUGAAGUUUAACUUUGACUCACUACCAGAGUUGAGCAACUCCGUUUAUAACGCCAACUACAGGCAGUGCGUCCUGAACGCAGAGCUCUUCCCCGGAGAGCCGCACCUGGUUCUGGUGGUGCAGGUCCACAACAGACCCGAGUACCUCAAGCUACUCAUAGAGUCACUGCAGAACGCUGCAGAGGUGCACAGCUUCCUUCUCGUCUUUAGUCAUGACUAUUUUUCAGAGGAAAUAAACUCCAUUGUGCAAAGCAUUACUUUUUGCAGAGUACUGCAAAUCUAUUUCCCUUUUAGCACACAGCUCUAUCCAAAUGAGUUUCCUGGACAGGAUCCUCAUGACUGUCCCCGAGACAUUUCCAAGGACAAAGCUGUGAAAACAGGAUGUUUGAAUGCGCAACACCCAGACUCCUAUGGCCACUACAGAGAGGCCUUCAUCACGCAGACCAAGCAUCAUUGGUGGUGGAAGCUGCACUUUGUGUGGGAGCGUGUGCAUGUGAUGCAAGGAUACAGUGGCUUUGUUGUGUUUUUAGAGGAGGACAACUACCUCUUACCAGACUUUUAUCAUUUCUAUGAAUCAAUGAUUGAUUACAGGCAGAAGAACUGCCCAGACUGUGACAUGCUGGCCCUGGGCAAUCACAAUGGUUUUAAUGAGUUCAGCCAACAGUCCAACAAGGUGAUGACCACCGGCUGGAUGUCCACCAAGCACAACAUCGGCAUGGGGAUCUCGCGGGAGAUGUACUACAAACUCAUGAGCUGUAAUGAUGCAUACUGCUCCUAUGAUGACUAUAACUGGGACUGGACCCUGCAGCACCUGUCUGGGACCUGUGUGUCUAAAGCCAUCAAAGUGCUGGUGGCCCAGGGCUCACGGGUCAUGCACACAGGAGACUGUGGGCUGCACCAAAAAGACAACUGCAGACCAGAGUGGGCCAUGCAGAAAGUGGAGGAGAGCCUGAGGAUGGCCAAAGAUGCACUGUUCCCUGCCUCUCUCACUCUUGCUGCUGCAGAAGUGCCAGAGCACAAAGCCCACAUGAAGAACGGUGGGUGGGGAGAUGUUCGGGACCACAGUCUGUGCAAAAACUACGCCAAACGCCUAUAACUGAUAUGCUAUCUGAAGUAGGCGUUUCAGGGAGUCUAAAAAGUACUUUAAAUAUCUUUUUUAUAAACCAGUCUUCCUAAAUGGGCCAAAUGUACAUUACAUAAACAAAAACAUGUUAUCGCCAAAGCUGCACAGUUGCCAAAGACUCUCCUUUUCAAAUUGUCCUUUAGUGCUGCUCACAUCAGGAUUAUGGUGAUUCUAUGUGCCAAACAAAUGCUUUUGCACAUAUAUGAAACCAAAUGCAAUUACUGGUGCUUAGAGACGUUGGUGUGUUUUGGUAUGUUCUAAAAUCAGUUGCAUUCAUUGUGGGUUGUGAGCUAGCACCUCUAUGUUUAUGAACAUUUUAUUUAUCAUUGUUCAUGGUACUAAGUAUUGAAGUCAAAUUUACAACAUUUACCACAUUGUAAAUUUGACUGUGAAACAUUGCCCAUGCUAAACAAGCUUAUGUUUAGCAUGGGGGAUGUUUCUAACCAACUUUCUACUCUGUUUUACUGACAUCCUUAUCAUAACCACUGUUCAAAUCAGGCUAUUUUGUCCUGCCCCAUGUAGCACCCACUUUAACAUUGAUUUUUUUUUUUUUUAUAUUGACUUUUGAGAAAUAGUGACCCUUUGGAUUCUGUUCAAAGUUCUUCUUCAAAUCUACUGACUAACAAAUAGUACAUCAUUUUGGUUUGUAGUAACAUACAGCAUAUUUUAUGAGUGAGUGGACUAUCUUGACUUUAAGUGCCUUAGUAGAUUUCCAGACUUUUAAAAAUGGUUUAUGUAGCCUAGAAGCACUGAUAUCACAGCCAGUAAGUCCAUAUGCAGUUUUUACAGCUUGCAAUAGACAGAAGGAAAAACAAUUCAUAUUUUGUAAAUUAUGUAUAGUAAGAGCAUGUAAUAUCUUCUGUUAUCAUUAAUAAAAAUGUUUAGUUAAUGUGAAUGAGAUUUUCCCUGUUGAAUUAAUUUGGGACAUACUGUACUCUGAUGUACGGUAAUGUAAUAUUGUUGAUUAUGUGUUGAAACCAGUGUCUUUUUUCAACCAGAUGUCUUGAAUCAUCACUUGAAAUGACCAUUAUGACUGUUGUUCACAUAUUAUUGUCAAAUGGGGAAUAAAAGAGAUUUUAUUUUUA